GGGGGAGCCCGCCCUGACGUGGGCGCGGGGCGGCCCGGGGGCCGGCGCCGCCGUGAUUUGCUGCGCGGCGCGGCGAGCGGCGGCGGCGGCGAUGAGAGCGGGCAGUGCGAACUGCGGGAGCAGCCGCCGGCCGCCAUAGUCGGCACACAAAGCUGGUCCCAGAUUUGAGCGACGGCGAGGCACCCUGAUGAGUGAGCCUGGGGAAGCGCCAUGGAUUUGACGAAGAUGGGCAUGAUCCAGCUGCAGAACCCCUGCCACCCCACCGGGCUGCUGCACAAAGCCAACCAGAUGCGCCUGGCGGGGACGCUGUGCGACGUGGUCAUCAUGGUGGACAGCCAGGAGUUCCAUGCGCACCGGACGGUGCUGGCUUGCACCAGCAAGAUGUUCGAGAUCCUCUUCCACCGCAACAGCCAGCAUUACACCCUGGACUUCCUCUCGCCAAAGACGUUCCAGCAGAUCCUGGAGUACGCGUACACUGCCACCCUGCAGGCCAAGGUCGAAGACUUGGAUGACCUGCUCUACGCUGCCGAGAUCCUGGAAAUUGAGUACCUGGAGGAGCAGUGCCUGAAGAUCCUGGAGACCAUCCAGGCCUCCGAGGACAACGACGCCGAGGUCGCCAUGGCCGACGGAGGCACCGCCGCCACUGAGGAAGAGGAGGAAAGGAAGUCUAGGUACAUCAAGGGCCUCUUCAUCUCCAAACCCACCGGUGAGGAGAGCGGCUACGCCAGCGCAGCCGGCCAGAGCCUGCCAGGAUCCGUGGCGGAGCAGAGCCCCUCUGCCUCCGCUUCUUUUGGCCCCCUCUCUGCCAUGAGCCCCACCAAGGCGGCGGUGGACAGCUUGAUGACCAUCGGGCAGUCGCUGCUGCAGGCUUCCCUGCCACCCAGCACGCCCGAGGACUCGCGCCCCACCGCCGCCCACCGCCCCACUGGCCUCCCUGAGGUCAAAACCGAAGCGAUGCAGGUGGACGAUGCCUCCAGCCGCGAUAGCCCCCGGACGGCCGAGCCUGGUGCCUCCGGUGGAGAGAAGCCUGACGAGAAGGGCAAGGAAGGGCCCGGCACCCCGACCCGCGGCAGCGUUAUCACCAGCGCCCGUGAACUGCACUACACCCGUGAUGAGGGUGCUGAGCCGCCGGCCGAGCCCGGCCAGGGGCUGCCACUGGGGCCGGAGCCGUCGGUCGCCACCACCCAAGGCGAGAAGCCCUUGGGCAUCUACUCCCUGCUGCCCAACCACAAGACUGAGCCGGUGCUUGGCGUGCCGUCCGCCGUGGCGUCUGCCCUGCACGUGCAGCCAGCGCUGGCCGUCUCCAUGGACUUCAGCGCCUAUGGGGGGCUGCUGCCCCAGGGCUUCAUCCAGCGGGAGCUGUUCAGCAAGCUGGGCGAGCUGGCCGCCGGCAUGAAGACGGAGAGCCGUGCCCUUGGCGAGCAGUGCAGCGUGUGCGGGGCAGAGCUGCCGGACAACGAGACCCUGGAGCAGCACAGGAAGCUGCACAGCGGAAUGAAGACUUAUGGAUGCGAACUGUGCGGGAAGCGUUUCCUGGACAGCUUGCGGCUGCGAAUGCACUUACUGGCUCACUCAGCGGGCGCCAAAGCCCUGGUCUGCGAUCAGUGCGGCGCCCAGUUCUCGAAGGAAGACGCCCUGGAGACACACAGGCAGACGCACACCGGUACGGACAUGGCUGUUUUCUGCCUGCUGUGCGGGAAGCGGUUCCAGACGCAGAGCGCCCUGCAGCAGCACAUGGAGGUGCACGCCGGGGUGCGCAGCUACAUCUGCAGCGAGUGCAACCGCACCUUCCCCAGCCACACUGCGCUCAAGAGGCACCUCCGCUCCCACACAGGUGACCACCCCUACGAGUGCGAGUUCUGCGGCAGUUGCUUUCGGGAUGAGAGCACGCUGAAGGGCCACAAGCGCAUCCACACCGGCGAGAAGCCCUACGAGUGCAACGGCUGCGGCAAGAAGUUCAGCCUUAAGCACCAGCUGGAGACCCACUACCGGGUCCAUACAGGUGAGAAGCCCUUUGAGUGCAAGCUGUGCCACCAGCGCUCCCGGGACUACUCGGCCAUGAUCAAACACCUUCGGACCCACAACGGCGCUUCCCCCUACCAGUGCACCAUUUGCCUGGAGUACUGCCCCAGCCUCUCCGCCAUGCAGAAGCACAUGAAGGGCCACAAGCCGGAGGAGAUUCCCACCGACUGGCGGAUAGAGAAGACCUAUCUCUACCUCUGCUACGUCUGAGGGAGGAGGCGCAGGGGCGGCGGGGCUGAGUGGCAGAGAGGACUGGGCAAAAAGAAAAACCACCAAACCCGCAGUGUCCACAGCCUUGUUUGUUUUCGGUUCUCGUUCAUUGCUUCUCGCCAGAAGGAUCCUGCGGCUCACGCCCCGGGGAGGGGGGGAUGCACCAGCCCCUUCCCCAGCCCCGUCCGCUCCCCCUCCUCAGCUGCUUGUGCGCCCGCUGCCCUUGCGCCCUCACUGCAGAGCAGCUUUCACCCCUUGCAGCUCCCGGGGAAUCAGCUCCAGCCACCGGCGCUGCCAGGAAGACCACAUAGGAAUGGCACUCUUCCUCAAAAGUGUGUGUAUGUGUGUGGCUGGUGCUUUGGGAAGGCUUUAAUCUCUGGUUUCCUCUCUCACUACAUAGACCCCACCGUGUAUGCCCCGCUGAGGACCCCAGCUCACGUGCGGGCACGGCUCUGCGUGAACCUCAGCCCCCCCCCCCCCGGCUUUUGGGGGGUUCCUGUGGUCCUGGGCUGCGGCGUCGCAGGUGGGAGAGCGCUGGCAUCCGGCGAGCCUUGAGCACUUCAGUGGGAGCAUCCCCAGGGUGGAUCCCGGCCGGAGGAGGGUGUUCGGGGUAGGGCACCGUCUGCGAGCCGGGCUGCCUUGCCGAGCUGCCCGGGGUCUGGGUGAGCGCGAGGGGCACACGAAGGCUGUCGCCCUCCCCGUGACCAAAGACCUCUCUAUGCAUUUCCCCUUUCUUCCCCACCCGCUGGGAGGCGAGGGCGAAGCCCCUGUGGGGAGAUGCAGCCGGUCUGGUGAUGUGUCGUCAAUGCCAGUGCCCACGUGGGCGCUGCUGGUGCACAGCAUUUGGGGUUUUUUUGGGGGGGGAUCCUCUUGUUUCUGCUAAUUUGGGGUGCCCAGAAGGUGCCGAGCGUGUUUUUUUUGCCCAGCCCUCAGCUGCAGGAGCCCACGUGCGAGGGGUGCCCGGUGGCAGGUGGCUUCGCUCGCCGCUUUUUUAGCUUUUCGUUCGUUUUUUUUGGACUUUCUUUUGGAAUAUUUCCGCAUUUAGCACAUUUUACUUGAAAUUACCUCAUUUUUUUGUGACCUCAUGAGCUUUUAUUGAUUUGGGGGGGACGGGGGGUGGCGUGGCUGGGAAGGUGUGAGCCGCGUGCCUGGCAGUGGAGGAGCAGCGCGGUGGCAGUGUCCCUGCCGGCCUCCCGUUGUGCAUUAUCCUUACCAAAACUGGUAUUUUUUGCCUGGCCCCGUGGGGUCGGGGCUGUCGGUUCUGAAGCUACCUCUUGUGUUCGUUUUUGUUGUGUUUCUCUUUUGCGGUUGCGGAAGCGGGCUCUGCGGUUUCCAUCCCGCGCGGCACUUGCGGCCAUGGCUUUCUUUUUGUCAUUUUGCUGCGUUUGAGUGAAAAGAGGGCGAGGGGGGGGGGGGGAGAAGUCAGG